UCAAUUUUGACAGUUGUAACCAGUGGUCAUCGUAUUUUUUAUACCUCCUUGCAGUUUGAUACCAAAAUAUUAGUUAUUUGCAAAGUGGUAUUACGUGUGCACGAUGAAAAUACGAUCCCACGCACUCCGGGAAAGGUGGAAUGCGGCCCGCUAGCAACGGCUGACAUGUCUACCCGAAGCGCGAGCGCGAUGCGCGCGCGCCGCGGCCACAAGGAGCGCUCCAAAAACUUCACCGAGCUCGAGAAGAGAACCGUUCUCGAGCUCAUCGCGCGCCACCGCGACGUGCUGCGCCAGGGCCGCUCCAACAACGCCACCAACCGCAGCAAACAGCUGGUGUGGUCGACGAUUUGCGAGGAGGUGAACAAACGCUGCGGCGGCGAGCGGCCGCGCACUCCCGCGCAGGUCAAGAUGUGGUACGAGAACUACAAGAAGAAGUGCAAGAUGCGCGCGCACGACACACAGCAAACCCAGGCAGAGGCGCCCGGCCUGCUCGACGGAAUGUUUUGGCAAAACAUACUUCCUUUAGACGUGAAAGAGGAAGAAGCCGAGGCGACGUUGAGUGUGGACGGAGCACACAGCGCCAAAGAUGACGACUGCCUGCCCGUUAACAUGUCAAACGGCCGACUCUCAAGCACGAACGAUAGCGACGACACGAUGCCCAACGUCCUCGAGCCCCAAGUCCAAAUAAUACCCCAUUCCUCCCCCACGCCCCCCCUCAAACCCCUCCCCAACCCCCUUUCUCUACCCCCCCACUUACCCCUCCUACCCAACCCCUUACAAGUGAUCGAACAGGACCGAAUCCGGCAGAACCUAAUCCAAAAACUAAACGAGCUCUCAAACACACCUUUAAACUUAAGCCAUCUGGACGAUGACCGAAGAAAAAAUGGCCACGAAAAAAGCCAGGACAAAGACGAAAUAAAACACGACUGCGGAUCGGCGACGGAAGAAGAAAGAUUGUAUUUCACAGCCAAAAGACAACACGCCAUCUGGGAACAUGAGGCGAAAAUGAAAAUCUUAAACAUGGAACUCCGUCAGAAGGAAGAAAUAUUCUCGCUGCAAAAGCAACUCUUCCUCAUCGAGUUACGGCUCAAAAUGGACUUCCUGGAGAAGGCAGGCGCCAAGUAAGAUGUUUCUGAAAGUAUUUAUGACAAUAAAUUUGUUGUAAGUCACUCGUAAGUGAUAGGAUGGGCCUGAUGAAGAGAUCAAUCUCGCGGUAAAGUAAGUGUGUCUCUUUUUAUCGAUAUACGAAGGAAAAAGACAGAAUAUGCAUGCAAAGACAAUUUUAGAAAGCAUAAAAAAGUAUCAAAAUUGCUAUAUUUCAUUCAGUAAAGAGGACAUACAGAACUUCAAAUAUCAGGCCCAGUAUACAUGCUUUAAGCAUAGUAUACACAUAUUCAAAGACCGUGAAUGCUUUGUUACAUUUGUCUCAAAUGUAUAGGGUUGCCAAUGCUGUGAUAUUUAUUUUGGCCUUGUGUUACAUAGAACUCAUCGUUAAGACAAUGUCAAAAUGUGAUAAGUAUUUUACUCGUAUUUUCAAAUAUUUCCUUUUUACAUGACCCUAAUUUUAUUUAGAAAACUACCAAAUGGUAUUUUUUUUGUAAAUUGGCAACCCCGAAUGUAAUGAACGUGCAACAUCGAUUGGCCAAGGGCCAAGGAAUAAAAUACUUCAUCGACAUUAGUCACUCAUACGAUCUAGUUCAUUUAGUGCCAUCGGUUAAAGUAGUUACCCAUUUUUUAAUGUUUAUUUUUACGCCACAGACCACUUAAUACUUCCAAAAAGGUAGUUUUUU